GAUUCAGCUUCACAAUUAAUCCCAAAAUAUCCUAUUCUGAUAUAUAAAUAAUUUAAAAACUAAUAUUUAAAUAUAAAAAAGUCGAGUAGUAUGAGUAGUUUCACUAAUAAUACAAAGAAAAUCAGCGACUUCAGAGAGUAAAGCUGGCACUUUCCAUUGCCUUUAAAACUCUCUGUACUAGCAAAAGAAGAACAAGGAAAAUCUCUCAACAAAAACUGAAAAAGUCAGUGCUAUUGGUUAGCAUAAUGUGAGAAUGAUAGUUGUGCAGAUAUUUGCGAAGUUAAGACGUGAAGAACAGAAACAUGAUUCUGAAGUACAUACCACUAGAUGAAGGGAUGAUGAUAAUGGAUGAGGCGAUUGUGAAGGCAAAGAAGAUUAUUGAAGGGUACCCUGAAACAAAGUUCUCUGGAGAAGAAUACCAGAGGUUCUAUGAAUGUGUUUAUUUCAUGUGCACUUACCAUAGCUCUAAUGAGAAAACGAUGCAGCUUUAUGAGAAAUUCAGAAACAGCUUGGAAGAGAGCAUCUUUUCAACGGUACUGCCAACUUUAGUCAAUAAACAAGGUGCAAAUUUGUUGAGAGAAUUUGUAGUCAUAUGGUCUAAUUAUAAGCUGAUGGCAAGAUGGUUAUGUAGAUUCUUUGAAUACCUCGAUCGCUUCUUUAUCCCUCAACAUAUUGAGCUUGAGUCACUAAAUGGCAUCUCUUUUUCUUGUUUCAGGGAUCUGGUCUUCAAGAAGUUGUACUGUAGAUUAAUUGAGGCUGCAUUAACUUUGAUCAAUCAGGAGCGUGAAGGACAACAGAUUGACUGCGUCCUGCUGAAGAAUGUCUUGGAUAUCUUUGUGGAAAUUAGUGACUACAAAGGGGCUAACUAUUAUGAAGAUUUUGAGCGGAUCAUGCUUACAGAAAUCUCUGGUUACUAUUCUCGAUUAGCUUCAGAGUGGCUUCUGUAUGACUCAUCAGCUGAAUAUGUUCAAAAGGUUUUCUGGUGCUUGAAUCGGGAGAAGCAAAGAGCUCGACAGUACCUACAUCCUGACACUGAAAUUAAGAUAGUGCAGGUUGUCAGAUAUCAUUUGCUAGAUCAAAUUGCGAAUAAACUGAUGGAAAAAAGGCAAGCUGAGAAUUCUGGCAUGGUGACAGAUUAUCAGGAAAUAUUGUUGAAAUGUGCUGGCAUGUCCCUUCAAGAGGGAAGUUCUUCAACAUCACCCGAAGAAUGGCUCUCGACGCUAAUGGCAAAUUCAGCACAUAUAUGCUAAACUUGUUUUGAGAGCAUUAUCAGCAGAUGUUUGUACAAAUUACUUUGAUAAAAAUAUAGUUACCAAUAGCCGACCUAGUGCUGCAACCUCUGUCCUUUUCUGUUUUCCCGAAAUGCAAAAUUAAAGUUCAGCUGUUCAUUAGUUGAAUGAAAUUGAGAUGUUUUGUAUUUAUGUUUUUUGCCGACGGCAGAUUCACUCCUGAAGAAUAUCCAAAGGCUCUUUGCUGCUUCACACUUUUUAUUUAUUUUUUAUGUAAAACCAUAACUGAUGUAGACCUUAUUCAGAAUCUAUAUGUGCAUUGAUAAGAA